GGAGUAAACUCUCAAGCACCUCCCACGAACAGUUCAGGACUAAUCGCUAGACAACCACUCAGUGUCUCCUAAACUUGAGGAAAACAGACGCUAAAGUUUGAGAAGACUUGAAAAAGUUACAGUAGUCGUUUAAUAUAAUAAUCGACAUGACAUCUGAAUCUAAAGCAGCACGGAGGUCGACGUUUUCGCGUUGACGUGCACGCGUAGUUACAAAUGGACAGGACGCGCAGGUUCAUUUUUGCAAUAAUCUCAGCUGUUGUCCUAUGCAAACACUCCCAGGCUGAAUGGAAUGCCACAAAAGCCCCAGCGAAUAGGACUGUGUCCUGCGAGCACCAUGCAAACAGCAGCAACUGCACAGAUUCAAAAGAUGAGCAGAAAUGGAGUGGACACUUCUCUGCCUGUCCAAAAGAAUACAAGCAUUUCUGCAUUCAUGGUGUUUGCCGUUUCAUAGAGGAGCAGAACACGCCGUCAUGCAGAUGCGAAAAAGGAUAUAUUGGAUCAAGGUGUGAAUAUCUUGAUAUUGAUUUCCAUGUCGGAGAGCGGAGGAAAAUAGUCAUUGCGUGUGUGGUCGCAGGAUUGGUGUUUCUGAUUCUGCUCAUCGUUUUCAUUUGCGUCUGUACACAUAAACGAUAUAGACCAUGUAGAAAAAAGAAGAGAAAGAAGCAAACAAUUGAUGAAGAUGACAAGCACACUCCGCUAAACGCACAUGAAGGGGUUCCAGCUGACACAUCCAACACAAAUGCUGUAUGAACGAUACAGUGAAGUGAUCCUGCCUGGCUUGGUAAUGGCCUGGAAAUGAGGACUUCUUCUGGAGAGUGAUGAAAGCAGAGAUUUACUGUAAUCCUGAGUGGACUUUCAAUGAACUCGGGUGAUAUGGUGUGUCAGGCAACCUUUGCCAUCCCCUCUGCUACUGUUUACCUCAUUCUUCAUGCCACUUUAUUCAUGCUUUCCAGUAGAAAAGGAUCUCACUGCUUCACGAUGGCUUUAAAUGUGAAAGCGUAUCAUUAUUGAAAAAAUAUGAGGAGGUGGUGUGCAAUAUGCUGAAUACAAACAAAGUCUGUCUUAGUUGGUUGAGAUGUGUUUAUUUUGCAUAUGAAACACAGGUUAUGAAACAAAGUUACAGUACGUUAGAUUUGGUGAGGUUGAAUAAUUAGUCAUGUUUCUAGUUUUAACAGUUUUUGAAAGUAGUUCUUCCGACAAUACUGGACCAAAAUCUCCUCUUAAGUUUGAUUUAUUUAUUAGCAUGUGUAAAGAUUUUUUUUUGUGUGUGUUGAACUAUAUUUUUAUUAAAUAAAUAAAAAACUAAAGUCUGUUAAUGUGACAAUAUAUACAUGUUUUUGUCUUCAUAAAGAGUUUUUAUCGAGCAAGAAGUAUUAGCUAGGUUUUCAGUCUUAUAUUUGGUCAUUAUCAAAAAUAGCUAGUUUCAAGAAUAAAGGGAAUUUAUUUGUGUUUUGUUAAGCAUUGUUUGGAAAUAUUGUAUUUGUUGUUGUUGAGUUGCACUUACCAUUCAUUGUUAAAUCUAAAAUUUUCAAAUGCAAAGCUUUAUUACUUUAUACUAUAACAUGUCUUAAUAAAUAAAUGUUUAUUAUCAAUGA